AUGUCUGAUGAAGAGAUUCACCCAAAUAAAUACAGUGAAUUGCGAAGUAUCUAUAAAUAUUACAUCGAUGCAUGUAAUGCAUUGUAUCAGCUGAAAACGGAAAAAGAAGAAGAUUUAAUCUCAAUUUACAAAAUGAUCAAAACAGAAUUGAUUGAUUCAAAUAAACAUCCUCCCCAAAUAAUUAUGAGAGACAUUUUGAAUAUUAUCCCGUAUAAUAAUCGCUAUACAAAAUCAUAUUUAUUACUUGCCAAAUUCAUAUAUGAUGAUUAUCAGGUGAAAGAACUCAGAGAUAUUGAUGAUUAUUUGUACAUUAUUUUUUAUGAAGAAUAUGGCAUUAAAUUAACGAAUUUUUCUUUUUUGGAAAAAUUAAAAUUAAAUUAUUUCGAAAUUCCUACAGAAAAUACAAUUCACAGAGCAAUUAUGUAUAACGACAAAGAAAGGUUCAUCUCUUUCAUCGAAAGAGAAGGAUUUGAUAAUUAUCAAAAACUACAAAGCGAUUUAUACCCACAUUAUUUUACAGGAUAUUCGUUACUUGAAUUAUGUUGUUACCACGGGGCAGUUGAUUGUUUUAAGUUCUUAAGAACAAAAUUUGACUCAGAAAUAACUCAAACAUGUCUAGAUUUAUCAUUUUUAGGAGGAAAUCCAGAGAUUAUGAGUGAAUGUUUGAAAUAUCAAAAACCAAAUAAAGAAUGCAUGGAAAAUGCAAUUAUUUCACACAACAUUGAUUUUGUUACAUUCUUGAUGAAUGAAUACAAUAUAAAGAUCGAUUUAGAAUAUUGCGGAGAAUUUAAUAAUCUUGAAUCAUUUUUUGUUUAUUUCGAUCAAACAAAUGAUAUUAACAAAUGCUUUAUUUAUUCAAUGAUAUUUGGCUUAUUAUCUCUUUGCGAAUAUUUUAUUUCACAUGGUGCAAAUGUCAAUGAAAAAGAUAAAAAUGGAGAAACCGCUCUUCAUUUUGCUGCAAUUUAUAAUAGUAAAGAAACAAUUGAACUUCUUAUUUCACAGGGUGCAAAUAUCAAUGAAAAAGAUGGUAAUUGGAAAACAGCUCUUCAUGUUGCAGCAGAAAAUAAUAGUAAAGAAACCGCCGAGCUUCUUAUUUCAUAUGGUGCAAAUAUCAAUGAAAGAGACAAAUAUGGAGAAACCGCUCUUCAUUAUGCAGCAGAAUAUAAUAGUAAAGACACAGCCGAGAUUUUUAUUUCAUAUGGUGCAAAUAUCAAUGAAAAAAAAUAA